AUGGCUGCUACCACGGAAGUCCAGGGGAUGAUCCUGGGGAAGGAGCAAGUCAUCAACGAUGCGCCCAAGGUCAUCAAAGAACUCCAGUUCGGCGUCUUGUCGGAUCAAGACAUCAUCAACCAGUCCGCAGUUGAACUCGUCGAUCGCCGUCUCUUCGAUCUCGACAAGACUCGAUCCGGAGGUGCUCGUGCCAUCGCCGAGUAUGGUCCUCUUGACCGGCGCAUGGGCGUGUCAUCCAAGGCCAACAUUUGCGAUACGUGCGGAAAGCCUCUACAAGACUGCAACGGGCAUUUUGGCCAUGUGCGCCUUGUCCUGCCGGUUUUCCACGUCGGAUAUUUCAAAAAGGACUGCUCCUGCAUCCUCCUCUCCGAAUUCGACCGCAGAAAAUUCCUCAGUGCUCUCCGCAAAGCGCAAGAUGAUACUCUCCGACAAGCCGCGAUCGUGAGGAAAGUCGCCGACCAAUGCAAAAAGACCAAGACUUGCUUUGAAUGUGGCGCCAUCAAUGGUCAGGUGAGAAAAGCUGGGACACAGGCGCUGAAGAUAUCCCACGACAAAUUUAGAUCAUACAAUGCCUCUACAGCGCGAACGAAAGUACCCCCCGAGGAGAAGAAACUGUUCGACCAGUCUUUUGACACAGCGAAGCUCACCAAUUCUGAACUCGAGAAACAUCUCAAGAAGGCAAUGGACGAUUUGACUCCCCUGCGCGUUUACCGUCUCUUCAGACGUGUGCGGCGUGCUGAUCGCGACUUGCUUGGUCUCUUUUCCGCGAGACCUGAGGAAUUUCUCUGGACAUACAUCCCAGCACCCCCCGCAUGCAUACGACCCUCAGUAGGGCAAGAAGCUUCGAGUACCGAGGACGAUAUCACUGCCAAACUGGGCGACAUUGUUGCUGCCAAUGAUGCCUUGCGGGAUACACUCGAGAGGGGACUCCCCACUGCGCAGAUCAUCGAGCAUUGGGACUACUUGUCUCUCAAUCUCGCAAUGUACAUCAACAGCGACGUUCCGGGUCUAGCCAAGACAGAUGGCAAGCAGAUUCGAGGUUUUGUCCAGCGGCUGAAGGGCAAACAAGGCCGCUUUCGUGGUAACCUGUCAGGCAAACGUGUUGACUUUUCUGGUCGUACUGUUAUCUCCCCCGACCCGAACCUGAGCAUUGACGAGGUCGCCGUGCCUGUGCUCGUGGCGAAGAACAUGACGUAUCCUGAAGUGGUCAAUGAGACAAACAUUGAGAAGCUACGACAACGAAUCCUGAAUGGACCUGAUAAGUGGCCCGGGGCUAAUCAUGUCGUCAAAUUAGAAGGCGGGUACAAGAACUCUCUCAAAUUCGGCAACAGCAUGACUGCCAAACAUCUCAAGGAAGGCGACAUCGUCGAAAGGCAUCUUGAGGAUGGCGAUAUUGUGCUAUUCAACCGGCAACCCUCCCUCCACAAGCUCAGUAUUCUGAGUCAUUUUGUCAAGGUUCGGCCUCAUCGGACGUUCCGACUCAACGAAUGCGUAUGCAAUCCAUACAAUGCGGACUUUGACGGGGACGAGAUGAAUCUUCACGUCCCUCAGACUGAGGAAGCGCGAACAGAAGCUAGACUCCUGAUGGGUGUCAAGUACAACAUCGUUACGCCUAAGAACGGAGAGCCGAUCAUUUCUGCCAUCCAAGACUUUAUCACCGCUUCGUGGCUCUUAAGCAGCUUAGACCAAUUCUUCGACAAAAAGACUUUCGUUACCAUGUGUUGCGGUAUGCUGGAGCCUGGUACAAAGUUCGAUCUUCCGCCACCAGCCGUCAUUAAACCACAGACUCUUUGGACGGGAAAGCAAGUUUUUAGCGUGCUGAUGCGGCCGAACAAGCAGUCGAAUGUGACAGUCAACCUGGACGCUCCCUCCCGAGACCACAACCAAUAUCACCCCGGCCUACAUCGCGAUUUGCAAGACGACAGCUUCUUGUGCAUCCGCAACUCGGAAGUUCUCUGUGGCAGAAUGGACAAAGGCACAGUCGGUUCUGGCAAGAAGAAUUCGGUAUUCUACAUCCUCUACCGCGACUUCGGUCCCGAUGAAGCUGCCCGUGGAAUGAAUCGGUUAUCGAAGCUCUGCGCUAGAUGGUUGGGCAACCAAGGCUUCACCGUCGGUAUUAGUGAUGUCACCCCACCAGGCAAAUUGGUGAAGGAGAAAGGCGACAUGAUAGGAAAGGUCUUCAACGAGUGCCUAGGCUUUGUUCGAGACUCGAAGGCGGGCAAGCUGAAGAGAAAAGCAGGUCUUGACGACGCAGGCACUCUGGAAGCAGAGCAAGUCCGAGUGCUGAGCACAGUCCGAACGAACAUCUCCAAAAUCCUGACGAACCAGCUGAGCAAGUACAACACUCCUAUGGUCAUGGCUACAUCCGGUUCCAAGGGGUCGAACAUCAACGUAGCUCAGAUGGCUGCUCUACUUGGACAGCAAGAUAUCGAAGGGAAGCGUGUUGCCGACGGUUUCCAGGACCGAACUUUGCCUCAUUUUCCGAAGCACGAACGAUCGCCACCUUCCAAAGGCUUCGUUUCCAACAGUUUCUUCAGUGGCCUGCUGCCGUACGAGUUCUUGUUCCACGCCGUUGGUGGGCGUGUCGGUCUGGUUGAUACUGCCGUCAAGACUGCAGAGACUGGUUACAUGUCACGACGACUGAUGAAGUCCCUCGAAGAUCUCUCCACCCAAUAUGACCGGACAGUCCGGAACUCCGCAUCCAAUGUCGUGCAGUUUCGUUUCGGAGACGACGAGCUGGACCCAGUGGACAUGGAAUCGAGCGCCAAACCCGUCGACUUCGAACGUACCUAUGCUCACGUCGAGGCCAUCACCUUUGACGUGAGAGACCGGGGGCUUGAGGAUACCGAGAUCUUUAGCAUCAUGGAAGAGAAACUCUCGGCUGAGCGUAGGAAGCUCGCAAGAGAAGGUCUUGACGGCGUUGAGCUUCAGUACGAUGAUAACGAUGAGAGGCACGUUGAUCAGAAAGAGAGUAACCGGGACUUCUUGAAAUCGAUACACGACUUCAUCAUGGCAAAGUCGCAGUCGUUCAACGAGGCAAGAGCUAAGAAGAAGCAAUACGCCCUCCCUCCCGCUGGGGCAGGCGUGGGCCUGAAGAGAAAGGCCGGUGCCGAUAUUGAUGACCAGGAGAUUAGCACACCCGCACCCAAGAAACGUGCCGGCAGGAAAGGUGCUGUCCUAGCCACGACGAAAGGAGGCAACAAAGGAAAGCAAGCUACGAUCGCCAGCAGCUCAUUGGCACCACCUUCAACCAAAGAUCGCUUUGACCUCACCUCGAAAAUGUCUAAGAAGACCUUGGAGGCUUUCAUCGACGAGUGCUUAACGAAGUACGAAAAAGCACGUGUUGAACCGGGUCAUGCUGUCGGUGCAGUCGGUGCUCAAUCGAUUGGUGAGCCUGGAACGCAGAUGACGUUGAAGACUUUCCAUUUUGCUGGCGUUGCUGGCAUGAGUUUGACAGCUGGUGUACCUCGUAUCAAAGAGAUCAUCAACGCCUCAAAGGAGAUCAGUACGCCAGUAAUCACCUGUCGGUUAGAACGCAGGAGAGACUUGUCAAUACCCGAGGGUCUCGCUCGGAUUGUCAAAGGUCGUAUUGAAAGCCUCUUUCUUGGUGAUGUCGCUUCUUACAUUGAGAUCCGACACUCUCUGGACCGACCCAGCUGCAUCCACCUGAAGAUCUCGUUGGACACGAUCAUCGAUCUCGGACUCGAUCUCACUAUGAGGGACAUAGUCUCGGCCAUCCAGAAACAUCGACAACUCAAAGCGUCCAAGUUGAGGAUCCAGCUGCGUGGCAAAGACGAGCUCAGAAUCUCAACAGAAUUCGCUAUCAAGUCAGCCAAGAGAGGAGCCGCCGCCAAAGUGGACGAGGAAGGACAGGGUGAGCGUCUGAUGCGUCUUCAAAUGCUGCGACGUAUCUUACCUAGUGUACAUGUUCUUGGUCACCCCCAGGCCACCAGAGCAGUUGUCAUGUCUGAAGACGAUCCACGAUCAGACGAGGUCAAAGCUAUGCGAAGAGCUCUGGCCGACCAACAGGCGAAGCGUGAAGAAGAAUCUUCUACAAGCGGCGAACCAAAAGUCAAAGAGGAGGCCAAAACAGGGUCAAAGGUUAAACUCGAAGAACCCACGACGUCUAUCCUCUCUAAUAUCCCUACUAAAGACACCGCCCCUGUGCAGAUGCACAAGGUUAUGGUCGAAGGUUACGGUCUACGUUACUGCAUGAAUACUGAAGGCGUCGACCCCUACAAGACGGAGACAAACGGAGUCAUCGAGACGUUACAAGUUUUGGGCAUUGAAGCGGCACGGUCAAAAAUCAUCACUGAGAUCCAGGAGGUCACCAAAGGCUUGAGCAUUGACCCGCGACAUAUGUACCUUCUCGCAGAUGUCAUGACGUACAAGGGCGAAGUUCUGGGGAUUACGCGCUUUGGGCUUGCGAAGAUGAGGGACAGUGUUCUUCAGCUCGCCUCGUUUGAGAAAACGGCAGAUCAUGUAUUCGAUGCCGGUGCCGCCGGGAAGGUCGACCGUAUCGAAGGUGUGAGUGAGAGCGUGAUUGUGGGCAAGACCAUGGGCGUGGGCACGGGGAGCGUGGAGGUUGUAAGGUACCUGGAUCAUCCGCUUGAGACGGGGAGUAAGUUCGUGACGAAGCGGUGUGUUUUUGAGGAUGCGUGGGAAGGGAGGAAGAGCAAAAAGAGACAACCGAAAUGA